UUCCCAUCAUUAAACGCCAUCCGUCGCCACUUCCGUCCCUUUUCUUCCUCCUCCGCGCCGGUGCGGACGACGGUGGCGUCGCCAUGCCCCCGAGACAGGCGACCCACGACACGGCCUCCGAUGCCUCCGCCACCGCCGCAACAACUUCGGAGCUGGAGCCGGGUCAUUCGCCCCCGGGUGCCCCGAUCCAGCUCCUCCCCCAGGACGCCCUCCACAACGUUCUCGGCCGCCUCUCCCUCCGCGAGGCCCUUGCCUGCCGCCCAGUCUGCCGCCUCUUCCGGGACGCCCUCUCAUCCUUUCCCUUUCUGUCCUCUCUCCCCCCUCUCCGCCUCCUCGCCCUCCGCCACCCCCGCUCCUCGGCCAACGGCGGCGGACGCGACUCCCACGGAUCCUGUCUCCAAGCGUUCGAUCCCUCCCUCCGUCGCUGGAUCCGCCUUCCCCUGUUUUUCCUCCCCUUCCCCUCCUCCUCCCCGGUGACCGCCUCCCCCUCCCUCCUCUACCUCUGGGUCGACGCCACCGCCGCCUCCACUGGCGACGCAAAGAUCCCGAGGACCCUCGCCGUCUACAAUCCCCUCUCCGGAUCCCACCGCCUGCUCCCCCCGCUCGGCUCCGCCUGGUCUCGCCACGGCACCGUUCUCGCCGGCCCUGGUGGUGCUGUUCUCGUCCUCACCCAGCUGGCCGCCCUCGCGUAUUCCCCCGGAUCCGACCGCUGGCUCAAGUUCUCCCUCAACUUGCCUUCCAAGCCCCGGAGCCCAGUUCUGAUGGCCGGGGCGAUCUUCGCGCUAUGCGACGUCGGCACUCCCUGGCGGAGCCUGUGGAGGCUCUUCUCCUGCCGCCUGCUCGAUCUCGGUGAGUGGGCUCCGCUGAAACGGCCCGAGUGGGGGGACGUGCUCAACAUCCUCAAGCGGCCGCGCCUGCUGGCUGGUGCGGGCGGUGGACGGAUAUUAAUGAUCGGAGGGCUACGGUCGUCGCUCGAUGCGGAUGCGCCGUGCUCGACGGUGCUGAUCUUGAGGCUCGAUCUACAAACGAUGGAGUGGGAUGAGGCUGGUAGGAUGCCUUCGGAGAUGUAUCAGUGCUUCGGGGGUGGCGGGUUGGGCCAUGUGGCGGCAGCCGGCGGGGCCAAUAACAAGGUGAAGGUGUUCGGUGGGGACGGGAGGGUUUGGUUCUCGGGGAGGAGGGUCAGAGGAAAGUUGGCAAUGUGGGAGGAGGACGACAAGGGUGGCUGUGGUGUGUGGAGUUGGGUUGAUGGCGUUCCAGGGUGCAAUGAAGGAGUAUACAGGGGCUUCGUCUUUGAUGCUGGUUUCAGUGCCAUGCCCUGAGAUACACAAACUAGUGAGGCGUGCGGUGCCAACUCCAACUUUCCUUGUUAUCCACUCUUGUUUUGGAUCCAUUUGACAUCCCUUAGGCUCCUUUCUCGAUUUGAAUCAAGCGAGUAAUUAUUUUUAUUAAAUCUUUAAUAUAUCACAAGCUUCCAUUGGUAAGGGUGUAUAUUUGAAUUAGAGCUUCUUUUUGUCAUGUCAAAUGGAUGUUCCUAUGCUUUGUGGUUUGCGUUAGAUCAAAGGAUACUUUAUUUAACUUCUUCUAGUAUUGCUUCUGAAAGUGAACUGACCAUAUUUAUUUAAUUGCCUUAUUUGCAUCACUUAGACUUACUAUAGUUUUAUGCCUUUUCCUUUACAAUUGAUCUAUUUUUCAUUAUCCAUACUUGGACCUCUCCCUUGUACUGAUUGGGCAAGUAAAUACAUGGAUUAAAUGGUUUACAUAUGCUAUAGAUGAGAGUUCCACGAUGCCAUAGCACUGAACUUUAGGAAGUUAGCCGAACUUGAAAGUUGCACUUAAUAUUCUCAGACAUGCAGAUAUGCAUCCGGUAUAUGAUUGUAUUAUAUGCCUAGCAUAGUUAACUAGGCAGUUCCAUCUUCUCUUCCUUGGUAGUUUAGUCUGCAUUGUUAUGGAAAGAAAAAUGAAAUAAUAGCAUCUCCGGUGGAGAG